AUGUCUCGAUCGGGCGACCACCUCCGCUUCCAAUCUCGAGCACGCGAUGCAGCUGCUGACGAGGAGGAUGAUGACGACAACGAGAACGCUGCUGCUGCAUCGGAUAGAGAGCUCGUGGUGGACCGUGGAGCUCGAGCAUGGGCCACUGCCGGCGGAUGCUUCCUGGCCAUGUUUGCCACCCAAGGCUACGUUGCCGGCUACGGACCCUACCAAGCCUACUACGAGUCGAUCUUUCCUCAGGUCUCGCCGUCCAACAUCAGCUGGAUCGGUAGCAUAAUGCUGAGCGCCGGAUAUCUUUUAGCCAUCCCUGCUGCCAUUAUGACCGACGUGCUCGGACCUCAACUCACGCUUGCUGUGGCAUCCGUGUUUGUUGUGGUGGGUACGGUCAUGUCGAGCUUGGCGCGAAGCUUCUACCAGGUGUUGCUGUCGCACGGCAUUUGCGUAGGCAUCGGCAUCGGUGUCGCCUUUCUUCCGACCGUGUCGUUGCCCAACCAGCAUUUCAAGCGAUACCGCGGCGUCGUCGUGUCGGUCGCUCUAGGCGGCAGCUCGAUCGGCGGUGUCGUGUGGCCCAUCAUCUUGAACCGCAUGAUCAACUACUCGGGCGUCUCUUACGCAUGGACACAGCGAGCCAUGGGUUUGAUCCAGCUCGUCUGUCUUGCAGCCUCGGUGCUCAUGGUCAGACCCAACGUCAAGGUGGCUGCUAGUCGAAAGCUGCAGAUGAGCUCGUAUCCCGUCGGCCGAGCACUGAAGAGCCUCGAGGUAGAUGCGUUUUUCGUGGGUGCACUGCUCUGCCUCGCCGGCGUCUAUGUUCCCAAUUUUUACAUGGUGCCCUAUGCGCAAUCAUUGGGAGCCUCGCCCACCGCCGCCUUCUAUCUCACGUCGUUGCUCAGUGCAAGCACCUUUGUCGGUCGAUUCGUGUGGGGAGGCAUCUCGGACAGGCUGGGUCAUUCCAACACGCUUGUGUUUUGCACCCUCGUCUCGGCCGUCAUGGUCUUUGCUUGGUCGAGCAUCACCAGCAUGGCCGGCCUGUGGGUCUGGGCGAGUCUGUACGGUCUCUUUUACGGUCCGGCGAUAUCUUUACAGACACCGGCGCUGAUCCUCAACGUCCCCGGCGACGACGACAUGGACAAGCUCAAAGUGUUGCCCACCUACAUUUCUCUCAUGUGCACCAUGGCUUCGCUGGGGGCGCUCGGCGGCAAUCCAGUCGCAGGCCACCUUCUCGCCAACAACACCCACGGAUUGACACCAGAGCCGCAAGAUUACCGCAGCAUGACGUGGUUUGGUGGCUCAUUGUUGCUCAUCAGUGCGGCAUUGCUUGCUUACGCACGCUUGAGCGCCACAAGAAAGUGGAAAGCGUAG